GUAGGAGAAGGUGCCGGGCCAUUGCGGCCGCCAGGUAAGCGCUCCAGGACACACUGUGUUGGAGAACUAUGUUUCUAUGACUCAAAGGAGAAGGGACGGCGGGGAGAAUGUCAACCCUCAACUGGAAGCCCUUCGUGUAUGGAGGACUGGCCUCCAUCACAGCAGAAUGUGGUACAUUUCCAAUUGAUUUAACCAAGACACGACUCCAGAUUCAAGGCCAAACGAAUGACUCCAAGUUCCGAGAAAUUCGGUAUCGAGGAAUGUUGCAUGCUUUAGUGAGGAUAUGCAGAGAGGAAGGACUAAAAGCACUGUAUUCAGGGAUUGCCCCAGCUAUGCUGCGCCAAGCUUCAUAUGGCACCAUCAAGAUAGGCACCUACCAGAGCCUGAAGCGGCUAUUUGUGGAUCGGCUUGAAGAUGAAACUCUACUGAUAAAUGUGGUGUGUGGAAUUCUCUCCGGAGUCAUAUCCUCAACCAUUGCUAAUCCAACUGAUGUUUUGAAAAUACGGAUGCAGGCACAGAGCAACACCAUGCAAGGUGGAAUGAUUGGAAACUUUAUCAACAUUUAUCAACAAGAGGGAACAAGAGGAUUGUGGAAG